AUUUGUUCUCUUCAAUUUAAAUUUGUCAUUUAAGAACAUACGUUCAAUCGAACACAACAUCAAAGGAUUAUAGUUAGAAGCAAGAGUUAGAGUGAUCAAAUUUAUAUAAAGAACUAAAAACAUGAAGUUUUUGGGACUACUUUGCAUUAUCACUUGCGUAUUCGGAGCAUCUGAAAAAUGUGCUCCACGAAGUGAUAGCUGCGGACCGAUUGCCUUCACAGCGGAUUCUGACUUCAACCAAAACUUGAGUUUAUAUUCCGAACCAAAUUUCAAAGGCGAACCAUCAACAAUUAACAUUACUGGGCCGUUUGGAUGCACCAAUGCCGUUCCGAACUUUAGGAUCAAAUCAUUACUAAGCACUGGCAGUACCCAAGUUACUCUACAUUAUGGGGACGACUGUGCGGGUCAUGUACUCAAACAAUAUCAAGGUGGUUCAGAAAAUAUCGAUGGAAGUGCUGAUUGUCCUGGCUCAAUCUUCGUCAAGCACCAUCGUUUUGGAUCUUGUUAAACCCAUUAUGACCAUACUUAUUACACAAUAAAUAAUUUGACUAAAGGCUA